UUAUAUUAAAACAAUUUCCGGGAAAUACCCUAAAAAUAGAAAAUUCAAUAAUUCGAUCAUCGUUUUCCCCCAAAUCAUUUAAAAGAACAGAAAAAACACAGUUUCACAAGCACAGAGAGAGGGCUGAAACUUUGAUCAAAGGGCCCUCUCAGAAAAUUAAAAAAAGGAAAACCUAAUUCGAAAAUCAUUGUGAAUCCAUGGGAAUUUUCUUGUUGCUCGCCAAUUAAUUUGGUUUCCUAUGGUUCACAAAGUUUCAGUCUUUGAUGCGCCGAACGAAUGCCCGAAAAGUGAACCCUAGUUUGGCGGAAAACGAAGAUAUGGAUCCGGUCAAGCUCCAAUUCCGAUCCACCCGACCCGGAUUCCGAUCCCCCAACAGCCGACACUCAAACCCCAGAUCGAAAUUCUGUCUAUACACUUCAUUCACCGCAGUAAUCGUGCUAUUCUGCUACAUUCUGUUCGCCGGCAACAAAAAUCACGGGAGCAAGAGGUACGGGGUGGUGAUUGACGGGGGCAGCACGGGGACUAGAAUCCACGUGUUCAAGUACGAGGUUAGAAAUGGCAAUUUGGUCCUCGAUUUCUCCGAGAAGGGGCUGGUGUCGAUGAGGGUGAAUCCGGGGUUGUCAGCCUACGCUCAGAAUCCGGAAAUGGCAGGUGCUGCCAUGGCUGAGCUGAUGGAUUUCGCAAAGAGGACCGUGCCGAGGGAGCAUUGGGCGGAAACCAAGGUUCGCUUGAUGGCGACAGCUGGCAUGAGGUUGUUGAAGAAUGAGGAUCAAGAGAGGAUCUUGAAUGCGUGCAGGGGGAUGUUGAGGAAUUCGGGGUUUAUGUUUCGUGAUGAUUGGGCCUCUAUUAUUUCCGGAUCUGAUGAGGGCUUGUAUGCUUGGGUUGUGGCUAACUAUGCUCUUGGUACUCUUGGAGCUGAACCCGCACAAACAACUGGGAUCAUCGAACUUGGUGGUGCUUCGGCUCAGGUUACAUUUGUCUCGAAUGAGGCCAUGCCCGCUGAGUUCUCUCGGAAAGUUAAAUUCGGAAAUUUUACUUACUACCUAUACAGUCACAGCUUGCUCAACUUUGGCCAGAAUGUUGCCUUUGAGUUGUUGAAAGAUUCUCUUAUUUCGGAAGGCCAAGAUUCAGUUACUGAAUCUUUCAAUAAAGGAAAACCGAUAGAUCCUUGUACUCCUAGAGGAUAUUCCUCCAAUAAGGAGGCAUUGAAACUCUCCCCUUCUUCUUUGACUGAAAAGAACAAAUACCUAUCUACUUUGCUCCCCAAUGGUAAUUUCUCCGAGUGCAGAUCUGCAUCUUUAAAGCUGUUGCAGAAAGAUCAAGAUAAAUGCUCGUAUCAGACCUGCUACAUAGGAUCAACAUUUAUGCCGAAGCUCCAAGGGAAGUUUCUUGCUACAGAAAAUUUCUUUCAUACUUCUAAGUUUUUUGGGUUGGGCCAAAGGGCUUUACUUUCCGAUCUGGUGGUUGCCGGUCAACAAUUUUGCGGUGAGGAUUGGUCAAAGUUGACUCAGAAAUACAACUUUCUUGAUGAAGAGGAUCUUCUUCGAUAUUGCUUUUCUUCAGCAUAUAUUGUAGCCCUUCUUCAUGAUAGUCUCGGAAUUUCUUUGAACGAUCAGAGGAUUGGAUACGCUAACGAAGUGCACAAUGUCCCACUUGACUGGGCAUUAGGAGCUUUCAUUCUUGAAAGUGCAGCCGAUUUAGAAGCAAAGCAUUCCGAUUGGAGGAUGGGCACAAUAAUAGGGGGUAAAUAUUCUCCGUGGCAGAUUCUAUUUGGAAUAUUCCUCGUGUUGAUAUUUGCAUCUUGGUUCGUGUCCAAGUGGAGAAAACCUCAGGUAAAGACUAUUUAUGAUCUCGAGAAAGGGAAGUAUAUAGUCACACGCAUCGGUAGAUACUCGUAGUAGUUUCUAGAAUGUUCAAGAAAGUGGCUGAUAGUGGUCAAUUUAUCGGUUUUCCUCGGUCAAUGCAAUUUGGCUUGGUCAAGAUGGGAAGCACAAUUGUUUGGUAGUUGUCCAUAGUAAUUAGAGAUUAUUUAGGAUUUUUGUUUACAAGAGAAUCCAGAGAUUAUAUAUAUAUAGAAAGGGAGCUAAUUAUCUGUGAGUGAAUUGUUUCCCUUGAUAGCUUAGUUUAUUUUUAACAAAUUACUGGGCUUUGUUUUUAUUGACAAACUCCCAGGAUUGUUGUUAUUACAUAUUUUGUUCAUCAAUGUAUAACUUUUUUAUUGAUGUA